AUCUCUCAAAGAUUAAUAAUAAAAUAAACUAAUAAUCUGUGCAUUAUUCUGAGAUAGCACAAACUACCAAUAUUUCGAAACAACGCAUUUUCGCGUUAAAAUCCUCGCGAAAAUUCAAGUGACAGCGCCGUCGGAGUGACACCCUACCGAACGACCACUCCAAAAAGUGACAGUUAUGCGUGAAAAUGGCAACGCUUUGUGAAAAACGAACAACAAAUUAAAACCACAAAAAUAGCAAUUUCUCGGCUAAAACUCCUCGCAUCGAGCCCCGCAGCCCGAAAUCGCCCCCAAUCGGCGCUCCACCUGCAGCGGCGUGCGCGUCCCACCAACCACCCAUUUCGUGUUUGAUGUUGUGUUUACGAUUUUGAGGGCGGCGGCACCGGCAGCUGUCUUCACCCAGAAGUCCUUCCACCCCUUUUAACCUUCACGGAUAAGCUCAAACCAAACAAAAGCGAAAAUGUCGAGGGAAUAUACACCGAAAAUGUGUAAUGAAGACGCUCAAAUCGAUCAGUUGUAAAAAUCACGUCUGAACCGACGGAAUGACUCAACCUUCUACCAAUACAUGUCUGCCAGAAUCAGAGAUGCCGGAAGCUGAAUCAUCAGGUGUUUUGGAGAGCGUGAAGCAGAAGAAGUACUCGUCGGGGUCCCUGGGGGGCGACAUCACGCGCCCGAAGGUGGUGACGGUGAAGCACCCCGAGUCCAACAAGCCCAAGCCCACGGCGAAGAAGAACAAGCCGAUUCAGGCCGACUUGGAUGUGGCGAAGGAGUUUCUGCGGUGUCGCGACGAGGGUGUGAAGCGGUUAGAUUUAAGUAAGUCGAACAUCACGUAUUUGCCGCCGACGGUGCGGGAUUUGAUACACUUGUCCGAGCUGUAUUUGUACGGUAACAAGUUGGUGUAUUUGCCCCUGGAAAUCGGGUGCUUGACAAAUCUGCAAACUCUAGCUUUAAGUGAGAAUUCUUUAACUAGCUUGCCUGAUUCUUUAGUUAGUUUGAAGUCGUUGAAAGUAUUAGAUUUGAGGCACAACAAACUCAAUGAUAUUCCGGACGUGGUGUACAAACUCACGUCUUUGACUACGUUGUUUUUGAGGUUCAAUAGGAUCCGGUUUGUCGACGACGAGAUUAGGUUUCUCACGUCGUUGACCAUGCUCAGUUUGCGCGAGAAUAAAAUCAAGGAGUUACCGGCGGGAAUCGGGCAAUUGGUGAAUUUGGUCACGUUUGAUGUGUCUCACAAUCAUCUCGAGCACUUGCCUGAGGAAAUCGGGCAGUGUGUUAAUCUUUCCACGUUAGAUUUACAACAUAACGAGCUUUUGGAUAUUCCGGAGUCGAUAGGGAAUUUGCAACAGUUGACUCGGUUAGGGUUGCGUUACAAUCGGUUGAGUUCGGUCCCGUCAACUCUGAGUAAUUGUAGGCACAUGGACGAAUUCAACGUCGAAGGUAACGCGAUUUCGCAACUACCAGAGAAGCUCCUGUCGAGCUUAAACGAACUGACUAGUAUUACGUUAUCAAGAAAUAGUUUUUCGGCGUUCCCGUCAGGGGGCCCGUCGCAGUUCACCAACGUCGACUCGAUCAACUUAGAACACAAUCAAAUCGAUAAAAUCCCGUACGGGAUUUUCUCGCGAGCAAAACACCUCACGAAGUUAAACAUGAAAGAAAACCAGCUCACUUCUUUACCUUUAGACAUAGGUAGUUGGGUAAAUAUGGUCGAACUGAACCUAGGUACAAACCAAUUGAGUAAAUUACCGGACGAUAUCCAGUCGCUGCAAUGCCUCGAGGUUCUAGUAUUAUCGAACAACCUCCUCCGGCGCGUUCCCCCCAGUAUUGGCAAUCUGCGAAAGCUGCGAGUAUUAGACUUAGAGGAGAACCGUCUCGAGCAACUACCGAACGAAAUAGGGUAUUUAACCGAGCUUCAAAGGCUAAUAGUCCAAAGCAACCAAUUAACUUGCUUACCGAGAGCUAUAGGCCACCUAUCGAACCUAGUUUUUCUCAGCGUAGGCGAAAACAAUCUGGCUUUUCUGCCCGAGGAGAUCGGCACACUUGAAAAUUUAGAGUCUUUGUACGUGAACGAUAACCCCUCUUUGCACAAUCUGCCCUUCGAGUUGGCGUUGUGCCUAAAUUUACAAAUCAUGAGUAUAGAGAAUUGUCCGUUGUCGCAAAUUCCUGCUGAAAUCGUCGCAGGAGGGCCGUCGCUUGUUAUACAAUAUUUAAAAAUGCAAGGGCCUUAUCGUGCCAUGUGAUUGUCUUAAAUAGAGAGCAAAAUUAUUUCAUAACCAGUGUGUGUCUGUUAGUUGUUAUUAAUCAAUGUUGAAAAAGAAAAGACAUUAUCUUUAUAUUUAGACUAAUUGUUCAGAGUUCUUUGUGUUGUACUGGCCGACCUUUCUUCGGGCCGGUUUUACUACGGGUCAUAACAAAUAGAGCAUUUUAACUGCCUUUUCGCCUUUUAGCAAUAAAGAACGCACAAAUACUCCGUGUUUUAGUUGCUCUUUUUCAUGACAACGGUUUUAUUUUGUCUCGUCGAUAUACUGAUGACUACUUUUUUAUUUAGUAAUGAUGUAUUUUUUUUAUUCGCAGUAUAGAUUAUAUGAAUAUAUAAAUAUAUGUGAGAUAUUUAAAACGAUGUUGACGUAUCCAUAUUUGUGUUAUUUAUGUUGUAAUUUAUUGCCCAUGUAUAUCUACAAUCAAUAGAUACAUCGACACUGGAUUCUGUCGCAACCAUAGUAAUUUAUAUAUUUUGGAUAAAAUAAGCAUUUAUUGUGAUUUUAUUUGAUAAUAAAGGUUUCUGGAAGUUUAA